CGGCCGCCGGUGUGAUUGACGUCGGAAAGGAAAAGACACAAGAUCGGAUUACAAGAUGGCGGACAGCGGUUUGUAGAGAGGAGGUCCAGAUACACUGUUUUUGUGUCUAUAGCGGUGAAUUUUCACUUUGUUGCUUCAAUCUUCCAUAAAAAGAAGUCUUGUUGUAGUAUGCUCGAGAACCUGUUCUUUUGCAGAACUGUAUACUACAGACUCGGUAGGGCGCUUGGAACAUGCGGGUAGAAACAAAGUUCAAAGCUCUGGGUUAAGAAAUAUAUUUUAUUUAGAGAGGGUGAAGAAGUGGGAAACCAUGUCGGAUACUCGGCGGCGUGUAAAAGUCUACACGUUAAAUGAAGACCGGCAGUGGGACGACAGAGGAACUGGACAUGUCUCAUCCACCUUUAUCGAACGGCAGAAGGGUAUAUCUUUGUUGGUUCGGGCGGAAUCAGACGGUUCGGUUUUGUUAGAAUCCAGAAUCAGUCCCAACACAGCAUAUCAGAAACAACAAGACACAUUGAUUGUUUGGUCUGAAGCAGAGAAUUAUGACCUGGCUCUGAGCUUCCAGGAAAAGGCAGGCUGUGAUGAAAUCUGGGAAAAGAUUUGCCAGGUACAGGGGAAAGACCCGGCGGUGGAGAUCACUCAGGACCCCAUUGAUGAGUCGGAGGAAGAGCGCAUCGAGGAGUUGCCAGAGACCAGUCACCUGGUGGACCUGCCCCCGUGCGAGCUGGCCAAGCUGGAGGAGAUCGCCGACCUGGUGACCUCGGUGCUGUCCUCGCCCAUCCGCCGCGAGAAGCUGGCGCUGGCGCUCAUGAGCGACGGUUACAUCAAGAGGCUGCUGCAGCUGUUCCAGGAGUGCGAAGACCUGGACAACCGCGAGGGCCUGCACCACCUCUACGAGAUCGUGCGCGGCGUGCUCUUCCUCAACAAGGCGGCGCUCUUCGAGGUCAUGUUCUCGGACGACAGCAUCAUGGACGUGGUGGGCUGCCUGGAGUACGACCCCGCCCUGGUGCAGCCCAAGCGGCACCGCGAGUUCCUCACCAAGACCGCCAAGUUCAAGGAGGUGAUCCCCAUUACGGACUCGGAGCUGCGGCAGAAGAUCCACCAGACCUACCGGGUGCAGUACAUCCAGGACAUCAUCCUGCCGACCCCCUCCGUGUUUGAGGAGAACUUCCUGUCCACGCUCACAUCCUUCAUCUUUUUUAACAAGGUGGAGAUAGUCAGCAUGCUGCAGGAAGAUGAGAAGUUUCUGACCGAAGUGUUUGCACAGUUAACAGAUGAAGCCACUGAGGGUGCGAAGAGGAGAGAGCUGGUGAACUUUUUCAAAGAGUUUUGUGCGUUUUCACAAACGCUGCAGCCACAAAACAGGGAUGCCUUCUUCAAGACGCUGGCUAACCUGGGGAUCCUGCCUGCUCUGGAGAUCGUGAUGGGUAUGGACGACCUGCAGGUGAGGGCAGCAGCCAUAGACAUCUUCUCCUACCUGGUGGAGUUCAGCCCGUCCAUGGUGCGCGAGUUCAUCAUGCAGGAGCCCCAGCAGACCGAUGACGACGUCCUGCUGAUCAAUGUGGUGAUCAAGCAGAUGAUCUGCGACUCGGACCCUGAGCUGGGCGGAGCCGUGCAGCUGAUGGGCCUCCUGCGGACGCUGAUCGAUCCGGAGAACAUGCUGGCUCCCACCAAUAAAACGGAGAAGACUGAGUUCCUGAGUUUCUUCUAUAAGUACUGCAUGCAGGUGCUCACCGCCCCUUUACUGGCCAACACUGCCGAGGAGGACAGCAGUAAGGAUUCACUAGAGGGAGCCACCAAGAUCAAUCCAGUUUGUCCCGAUAACUUCCAGACGGCACAGCUGCUGGCGCUAAUCCUGGAGCUGCUGACGUUCUGUGUGGAGCAUCACACCUACCACAUAAAGAACUACAUCAUGACCAAGGACCUGCUGCGCCGGGUUCUGGUGCUCAUGAACUCCAAGCACACUUUCCUGGCUUUGUGUGCCCUGCGUUUCAUGAGGAGGAUCAUCGGUUUAAAGGAUGAGUUUUAUAACCGAUACAUCAUUAAAGGGAACUUAUUUGAGCCAGUCAUCAAUGCCCUCCUGGACAACGGGACCAGAUACAACCUCCUCAAUUCUGCUGUCAUUGAGCUCUUCGAGUUCAUCAAAGUGGAGGAUAUCAAGUCCCUCACAGCGCACAUAGUGGACAACUUUUACACAGCGCUGGAGUCCAUCGAGUACGUGCAGACGUUCAAAGGUCUGAAGAGCAAGUACGAGCAGGAGAGGGAGCGGCAGAACCAGAGACUCAACAGGUACCGGAGAGAUGCUCGGGCUAUGGACGAUGAUGAAGAAAUGUGGUUUAAUGAAGACGAAGAUGAUGAUGAAGGAGAGCCUGUGGUGGAGAAGAGCAGGUCUGAAGAAGACUUCCCCGAGAGCUAUGGGAAAUUUAUCCAGGCAAAAAAAGCAGCAGCUAACGGUGCUAACAGCGCUAACGGGAAGCCCGCUGUGCCACCGCCCUCCCCCGCCAGCCCCAACAGCUCCAGCGCAAAGACCACCUUGCUACCUGCUGCCCCCCUGACCAAGACGGGGUUGGUUGGGCUCGUGGAUUACCCCGAUGAUGAAGACGAGGAGGAAGAGGAAGAAGAGUCACCACGAAAGCGGCCUCGCCUGGGAACAUAGAGGCGGUGCGCCCCCUUCUGGUCUUUUAGUCCGACAGUGCCACUGUCCCACUGCCCCCCCUGGACUGUGAGACCACUCCCCACUCCCAAAUACCCUCCCGCCCGCGUGCAGGAGGACCGUCGUCCCGGCGACAGCAUGCCGAGGCCCCGCCCCCUCUGGCAGGGACAGCACUUCCAACCGCCUCCCACCCAGUCAGGCAGGCAGGGCCAGCGCUACGGUUACGGAUGCCUGACUGGCUUCAGAUCCUAACACUCGGGGAGGGGGUGGGGGGGGAUAGGCAAAAAAAAAUAAAAAAAUAAUAACACAAAAACAAACAUAAACCGAACUUAGUUCCAAGGAGCAGGACUCAAAACUUUGAAACUGGGACAGUUGUUGACCCCUGUGUUGGAACCGCGGCAGCCAGGAAUUCUGUAUUCAUAAUUUUAUUAAAGUACUGUACAGCGUGUUUUUCUUUUAAAUCAUUUUGCCCCUUUUGGAAGAUUUUAAAAGGGGAAAGUGGAGCCUGCAAGUGUGAUUUUGAGCACGGGUCGCGAGGGUCCGUUUCCCCUUAUUUUAAUUCAGACACUGGUUGCUUUGUGAAGGGCGGAGCUGCUUUUAAUGGCGUGCGUUAAAGUGCAGUGAAGCCGGCGCGUCGCUGGCCUGAGAGGGUGGGGAGGGGGCGUCCGCUCUGCCGCUGGGGGCCAGGGCUCAGUCACUCGUCAGGUGUGUGUGCGUUCCUUCAGCGUUCCUUCAGGGAAGCCUCCUUUUACUGUACAAACCAGCGUUGAGGAGUCUUUACUAAGCCCCGCCCCGCCCCCCCUCAGUGCCCUGAGGUGCACAGGACUGUAUGAGUGAGUGUUUUUUGUUUCCGGGUGUUUUGAUUCGGAAGGACCGGGACGGGGGGAGAGACGCGUGUCCGAAUACGCGCCCCCCAGUCAGCGCUGCUUCUGAAAGCAGACGGCACCAGGCAUUCCGAUCGACAGUCCGCUUUCAGAGCAUCAGAAGAAAAGGAGCAAGCAUCUCAUUCUGAGCAAGCGCAGACUGUGCAGGGGCUGAGUGCUAACAUUUCCAAGAGGACGAUGUGUAGAGAAAAUAGUUUAUUUUUAUUUUUUUUGGCCAUAGAAUUUUGUACAAGUGCGUUUACUACCACUAUCUCCAUUCUACAUCAUUUGUAUACAUUUGAUAUUUGAAAAGGUUUCAGAUUAAAUGUUACCCUGGCAUUAAAAACUCUCAACCUA